GCACUUUUUCUCCUUCCUGAGACUCACAUAGUUCACCUUACCAUGCCUGAACCAGCUAAGUCAGCUCCGGCACCGAAGAAGGGCUCCAAGAAGGCGGUGACCAAGGCGCAGAAGAAGGAUGGCAAGAAGCGCAAGCGCAGCCGCAAAGAGAGUUACUCUGUCUACGUGUACAAGGUGCUGAAGCAGGUUCACCCCGACACCGGCAUCUCGUCCAAGGCCAUGGGCAUCAUGAACUCGUUCGUCAACGACAUCUUCGAGCGCAUCGCUGGUGAGGCGUCUCGCUUGGCGCAUUACAACAAGCGCUCGACCAUCACUUCCAGGGAGAUCCAGACGGCCGUGCGUCUGCUGCUGCCCGGGGAGCUGGCCAAGCACGCCGUGUCCGAGGGCACCAAGGCCGUCACCAAGUACACCAGCGCCAAGUAAAUGUACCGAGCAAGCGUCUUUGCUCCGAAGCCCAAAGGCUCUUUUAAGAGCCACUUAACGUUGUCAACAUUAG